AUGAUUGAAUCAACUUUCGACAUCAACAGCUAUUUAAACGUCGAUGCAUUCGAAGAUCUCAAUGACAUGGAUAUGGUCAUGCAUGAGUUAACGGCUUGCGAGGAAGAGCCGGUAAAAUUUGAAGUAGACACAAAAGAGAACCCAAGUGUUUUUGUGGCAGAUAUAUCCCAAAAGAUCGAAUGGUCAGAUAAUGACAUGGGAUUGCUUCUAACAGAAGCUGUUCGGGAGGAAAAUGAAGCCCAAGAUUCAGCUGCCCGCAGAGCUGAAACCCAGAUCCAGCCUGAACGUAAAUCUGAGAAUCAGAUCUCCACUCCUGUCCGCAUGCAAGAACCAGUCCAAUUUCCCAUUCAAACCCAGUUUCAAAUCCAGUCCCCGGUAAACCAAAAAGUCCAGACGUCAGGUCCCAUUCCAGUUCCCUCCAAAAUCUCUUUCCAGGUUCUGGAAAACAAUCACACAACACCUCAGUUCAGUGAACCACGUAGAAGUAGAGAAUCAUCGAUAGAACACCUGGGGACCACACCAGGGGGAAACUCAAUGUUCUCUUUAGAUGGAAAUACCUCUUCACAAGAUCUUGACUUUUUUGAAUCAAGUCCUCAGGAUGUUCACAGGCAAUUUAUGUUAAAUUCGGAAGAAGAAGUUGGCCCUUACAACCAUGCAAUUCAAGACCCACCAUGGGAGACAACGACCAACCAAACUUUCAACUUCUGCUCCUUUAACUCUGUUCAAUUUGAUCCAAAUUGUCAAUCAGAGACAAUUGCGGAAGGUUAUGAAGCUGACGGUCACUUUAACUCCCAGGGUGGAAGUCUUGUUGAGGCAAUUGAUGUCAUGAGUGUUGAUGGCCCGGUACCUGUCCAAGUAGGAGGAGCACAGGUUGUGGCUCAAGACACGGCUUUCUGCAGUUCUGAAUACGUUCAGAAUAUGUUGAAGAAAAUGGUGAUCUCCACCAAAACUUCUUCUUCCGAAUCAGGUUGUGACGCAGGUGAAGAGAUAAAUCCACAAGAGUCCAAGGUAAUUGUAGAAGAGAUAUUUCCCUCUCAGGAAGAACAGAUGGGAUUUUCAAGCUUCAGCUCUCAACCAGGACAAGAACUAGAAACUCACACCGCAAACGGCGGUGAAUCUCUUCGCACGCAGAGUCGUCAUAGAAGAUCUCUCUCAGCUAAUUACAGCUAUUUCCAAGCACAGGAUCGCAAGCAGGUAGUUCCGUUGGAGUACUUCCGAAUACCAAAUAGAAUCAAGGCAGAGAGUUUUCCUCCCAUCAGGGAUGGCUAUUAUUACAUUUCCAACUCCAAGGCCCAUGAUCCUUACCAGCCUUUGGUGUUGAGAUUCAGGGAGGAUGACCGAUCAAAUGUAGAAGGAUUGUGCCCUUAUUGCACUGUAAAUGUGAUAGACAUUAGAUCAUAUGACGAGGUUUUCUUUAACAUCAAAAAGUCAAGCUAUGUCCACCAUUUGGGAAAGAAUCACGGGGUGCUAUCUGAUGGAACCAGAAUUCCAGAUCCCUUCCUUCUCAUUGAUGAUUUCGUUUUCCAUGAGAAGAAAAGAGGAAAACAGGUUUCUGGAGUAGCUGAAGAACGCACGGUGCAUCACAUGGCAGCUGUCUGUCCUCAUCUUGACUGUAUGAAUAUGAGCUCUAUGACAUUUCAUGCCAUGCCUGAUUACAAUCCCAGUAAGGGCUGGUUUAAUAGGCUUUUAGCUUAUACUCGUCAUUACUAUGAGUGCCACAAGAAGCGUAACUUGGAAAGAUUCAUCGUGGAGCCCAAUGACGAAAAUAAGAGAUUGUUCACACAAAAAAUGAAAGGACAGCUGAUGAACUACGAAUGGAAGACAAUUCUGUGA